UUUGCAUUUUAUUUGUUGACUCCAAAUGUUCGGGUAAGCCUGCUGGGUGAAGAUAACGCAGUUUCACGUUUGUUUGCGCAUAGUUUUGCAGUACAAUCAGGAUGUCACCUGCAGAGGAGACCCCCCCUGCUCUCUCUCCUGAUAUGCAUUUCAUUGGAAAGAAGGCAGAUAUUAUUGAGGCUGGCCGUGUGACGAAGCAGGUGAAUGGAUGCAGAGAUGUGCUUGUCGUGUACCACCAGGGGGAGCUUUAUGCAAUGGACCUGCGUUGCUACCAUGCUGGUGGUCUAUUACAUAAUGGAGAUAUCGAGGAGUUCAAUGGACGGCCUUGCAUUGUUUGUCCGUGGCACCAAUACAAGAUCACCCUGGCAGAAGGUGAAGGACUUUAUCAAGCUGUGGACCAUCCUACAAUCAGACCACUGAAGACUCAGUGGCGCUCCAAGGGAGUCAAGCAAAGGACUCAUAAAGUCACUGAAGUUAGCGGGGAUGUUUAUGUUACCCUGAAUGACUCCAGCGAGGCCAUCGAGUCCGAUGUCUACCAGACUGAGAAAUACAGAACUGCUUCACUCGAUGCACUGCUGAAACUCAAACCCAAGACAUAGGAACAAGACAUACAUCUAUAAAACCUUCUGUUUUAUUUACAAAGACUCUACUUGUUUCAAAGAUAGUUUAAUGAUUUAACAAAACGUUCAGACUCCUUUUCUGAUGUUAUGUCAGUAUUUUCUCAUUUUAAUUUCCAUCUAAUUAUUAUUUUAAAUUUCAAGGGGUUCAAACAAAGUAACAAAACCUUACAGAAAAUCGAUCAAAUUUGCUUCAGGAUGAAAACAAAUGACUUUGAAUCGUUACAAUUAAAUCCGAUGAUGCCUUCUUAAAAAGUUUAAUCUAUUAAUCCUAAGGUUAUUCUUUUGAAUAAGUAGAACAAACAAGGAUAUUUUACUAAUUACAUUUUACACAGUUUCUUAACAUAUUGCAGUUUUAUUUAUUCAAGAAACCAUAAACAUGCUUAUUAGAAGAGAUGCGUUCAAACGAAAAACAGAUCUUACAUCUGUUGAUCUAUGUAACAUCGACAGGUUGCCAACAAUUUUUCCACAAAAUGUAAUGUAGAAGUACAAAUGAUAUUUUGACAAAGUUUUUACAUUUUGUAUCAGUACAAACUUAUGAUUUUGCACAACAGCCUUAUUUUUUAUUUGUCUAAGAUGUCUUUGCUUCUGUAAAAAUAAACUACAUUUUUAUUGGAC